AUGCCCGAAACUAUCAAGCAAUACCCUGACCCGGACAAGCCUGUCCACAUUGUCUUUGUGGGUGCUGGUGCCGUCGGUUGUUUCUAUGCCUCCAGAUUACAUCACCCCUCCAAAAACAUCCACGUCUCCCUCAUCGCCCGCUCCAACUACAAAGCCCUCCUAGAUAACGGCGUCAAACUCCAAACCCACUCAUUCGGCGACUACACCUUCACUCCGCACGCCGUCUUCCCCAACGUCGAGGCCGCCGCUUCCGCUCCUCAACAAUGGGACUACGUCAUUGUAACCACCAAAGCGCUUCCGGACCGCGGUGACGACUCGGCGCUCAUCGCCCCGCUCAUCGGUCCCAACUCGUGCAUCGUCCUGAUCCAGAACGGCGUCGGCGUCGAAGCGCCCUACCGCACCCGUUUUCCCUCGACACCCAUCAUCAGCGCCGUCACCGUGGUGUCUGCCGAGCAAAUCAGCUUGGGAGUCAUCCGGCAGAAUAGGUGGACGCGCAUUCAUUUGGGGCCCUACUCUAACUCGGCUAGUUUUGACACUAGCACGCCUAUUACCAAAGAUCGGGCUCCCGUUCCGAGUGGUGAAACAGGAAGUCUAACACCCACCGGCUCCGGUGCUCCCUCUUCAUCUCCACCGCCAUCCCGCUACCUAUCCAACUCCGACCUCGCCCUCCAAAAAAGAGGUUACGACCUCGCCUCCCGCCUCACCUCCUGGCUCGUCCACCACGGCUCCAUCCGCGACGCCCGCCUCUCCUCGGAAUCCCACCUCCAGCUCAUCCGGUGGCACAAGCUCUGCAUCAACGCGGCCUUCAACCCCUGCUCCGUCCUCUCCGGCGGCUUGGGAAACGCCGAGAUGGUGCGCGACCCGGAACUCCGCCUGUUUUUGUCAGCCAUCAUGUACGAGAUCUGGGAUGCCGCGCCCCUGAUUUUGGGACUACCGAAAGGUGAAGGCUUCGAUAAAGAUCCCAAGGGGUUUGCCACUCCCGAAAAGAUCUUGAAGUCCACGGAAAGGAACGUGGGCAGCAAGCCUAGUAUGUUGAUCGAUUGGGAACAGGGGAGGCCGAUGGAGUUGGAGGUUAUUGUGGGUAACCCCGUGAGGAUUGCGAGGGCGAGGGGGGUGGAGAUGCCGAGGUUGCAGGGGGUUUAUGCUUUGUUGAGGAGUAUGCAGAAUGUGAGGGAGAGGAGAAAAGGGCAGGGGAAGUUGUAG